AUGCUCUUCUGCCCAACGUGCGCCAACUGCCUUAUCAUCCAACUCGACGAUCACGGAAACAACAAGUGGUCAUGCCACACUUGUCCAUACGAGUUCCCUAUCGUGCGACAGAUGACCACACGCCAGCAUCUGAAGCGCAAACAAGUGGACGAUGUUAUGGGUGGCGAGGAGAGCUGGAAGAACGUCGAUUCGACCGAUGCGCCGUGUCCAAAGUGCGAGAAUCCAAAAGCUUUCUUCAUGCAACUGCAAAUUAGGUCGGCGGACGAACCAAUGACCACAUUCUACCGCUGCACAAACGGUCAAUGUGCAUAUCAAUGGAAAGAAAAUUAG